AUGUAUGAAGGGACAGAACAGUUCUUCAUACCCCAGCUCUUAAUACCCCACCCCCAGUACAACAAGAUUACAAACAACGCAGACAUUAUGCUUGUCAAGGUAAAAGAGAGGAAAAAAUACUGGUAAUAUCUGUAGUAUGUACUGUAGGUAGGCUAUGUAGUAUAUUAUACCAAUUGUAAAAAUAUUAAAUAACUUUUUUAUUCAAAUAGAAGUAGUAGACAUACUUUUUUACUUGAGGCUUAGUUAAAUGUAAUCAAAAGGUGCUUUAUUACUAUUUGAAGGCCUUGGUAAAGGACUGCCAGUUUUUUCUUCAAACCAAACCUAACCCACAUUUUCUGUGUCUGUCUCCAUCUCUUUUCAGCUGAAAGCUCCAGUGUACCUGAAUAGCUAUGUGUCCAUCGCUCCACUGCCCCGCCAGAGUGCCUCGGUGGCAGAGGGGCGGUUGUGCAGGGUGUCAGGCUGGGGGUUCACCAGCUCUAGUGGGGGACAGAUACCCUCCUCCCUGCGCACAGUCAAACUUCCCAUCGUCUCCACAGCCAAAUGCAACAGCAGUGAGUCUUUCAAUGGGAACAUCACAUCCAACAUGAUCUGUGCGGGCUACAGUGCUGGCGAAAAGGACGCGUGUAAGGUAAGACCCAGGCUAUAGUCACUAGGAUAGGGUUUUACGAUUUCUAACUUCCAAUUCUAUGGGCCGGAUUAUAUAUAUAUUUUCCAUUAAGCAUGGCUGUUAGUCCAGGGAGUAGGUUUAAGCUUGGUCUGGGAAAUAUGCCUUGAAUCUUUAGGAUAUCUAGAAAAAUCUAAUUUGGCAUCCAAAUAUUGAAUGCCAUUGCACACGGUAUAGAGGAUUUUGUGUCUCUAAACUCCAGGCCUCUCUCUGUCUGUUGUUUCAGGGAGAUUCUGGGGGCCCACUGGUGUGUGAAGGUCAGAUCUAUGGUGUGGUUUCCUGGGGGAUGGGCUGUGCCGAUGCGAAGUACCCAGGAGUCUACACUGCUGUUUCAAAGUACCGCAGGUGGAUAGACCGGACCAUAUUCAGCUACUAUAGCCACUGCAUCAAGGAUUAG